GAGGUGCAGAGGAAACGGAUUAGGCCGUGUGGAUGGAUCCGCGCAUGAGUGCGGCUAGGGUUUUCCGCUCCCUCUCCUCCUUCUCUCCUAUUUCGCCCCCACCCACACUCCAGAACCCUAGCUUUAUCCUUUACCUAGAGAGUUGAGGCUCCUCCCCGGCGAUUCUAGUUGCCAUGGCGAUCCAAUCGUGGAGGCCCCUCUUCUAGGGCUACGGUUUUCGUUCACCCCACCACAAAGCUAAAGCUUAUAAGGUAUAUCUGUGGAGAUGGCCACGAAGAACCCCUUCGAUCUCCUCGGAGACGACGAAAGCGACGAUCCGACGCAGCUGAUCGCCGCUCAGGAGCAGAAGAGCGCAGCAAAGAAGCCCUCUGCGGCGGCGCCUCCUGCGGCGGCGGCGAAGCUUCCCUCCAAGCCGGUCCCUCCCGCCCAAGCUGUAAGGGAGGCGAGGAGUAAUACUGCACCAACUCGCGGCGGGCCCGGCCGCGGCGGGCCGGGCCGCGGCAGAGGGGGGCGAGGAGCUGUCGCAGGCCAAAGCCGUGAUUUUGGAAACGGAAAUGGUGGCGGCUACUCCGUUGGCGGCGGCGGCGGCUACUCCGGUGGCGGCGGCGGCGGCGGCAGCGUCUAUUCUGGAGUAGGCGGAGAAGAUGGUGACGUUAGCAGGCCCACCGAGAGGGGCCGUGGCCCUCGUCAGCCUUACCGUGGUGGCCGUCGUGGCGGUUAUGGUAACGAAGGGGAGGCCGCAGAUGAACUGGGUCGGCCGCCGCGUCGAUUGUAUGAUCGCAAGAGUGGCACUGGUCGCGGCUAUGGGAUGAAACGUGAGGGCGCAGGGCGCGGGAACUGGGGAAUCGUGACUGAUGAACCCAUUGCCCAGGAGGCUGAUGAGACUGUAAACAUCGAAGAGAAGAGUGCUGUGGCUGAGAAAAAGGCUGAGGAAGAUGCCCCUUCCGUGGAGGAUAAGGACAAUAAGGAGGGUGAAUCGAAGGAAGCAGAAGAAAAAGAACAAGAGGAUAAGGAGAUGACUUUAGAUGAGUAUGAGAAAGUAAAGGAGGAGAAGCGAAAAGCCCUACUCGCGCUUAAGGCUGAAGAGAGAAAGGUCGAAAUCGAUAAGGAGUUGCAGUCUAUGCAGCAGCUGUCGUUGAAGAAGGGUAACGAUGAGGUCUUCAUUAUGUUGGGCUCAGAGAAGGAGGCUCUGAAAAAGAAAGAAAAUGCUGAACGGGAUGAAAGGGCGAAGAAGUCUCUGAGUAUUAAUGAGUUCUUGAAGCCGGCCGAAGGAGAAAGAUAUUACAGUGCAGGGGGGCGUGGUCGCGGCAGGGGCCGUGGGCCAUUCCGAGGCGGUUUUGGUGGGGGGAGCACGAGAGGCCCAACCGCCGCCCCAUCGAUCGAAGAUCAAGAACAGUUCCCUACACUUAGUGGGAAGUAAAAAGAGAGCGCAAAGUGUUACUUCAAUUAUCUAUCUUUUCACAUUCUAUCACUUCCUAUUUUGUGUCAUGUGGAUUUAAUGCAAUAAUGAGCGCGUCGAAGUUCAUUAUUAUGGUUUUCUCCGCCCGUCUUCACCGUGUACAUUUCAGCAAAGUGUUGUCUACAACAGUGUCUUAUUGUAUGUGUAGGACUCUUUGCGCUGUUAUGUGUUGUUGUUUCUAAUGAUUUUGCUUUGUAAGUUUGCAAAUGUUCACUGGCCCAUUAACAGUGUUUCUUCUGGUGUUAGUUUUUCUCUUUA